CUCGCCAUCGCCGCGGCCGUCUGAGGCUGUCAUGCCUGGACAUCGGCUAUUAUGCGCAGCGCAAGCUCAAGUGCAGGGCCCCAGCCAUUUUUGGUGCAGCUCUGGAGCCAAGGCGCUUUGCAAAUGCGGCCUCGAGCAGAGCCUGGCGGACGCGAGUACAUCGCGACGCGACUGCACAGGCAGCUGCGAGGACGCGCCGCCUUGCCUCAAAAGGCAGCUUCUGCCUUGGCCGUCCUUCCUCCUCUUCUCCCACACACCUCGUCUCUGGUCUCAACUUCUUUGACCUGCCUCUCAGCUCUGCACUGUCGCUUCCAGCUCCUGGCCUCCUCACACACCUCCAAGCUCUCCUUCGCCAUGGACACCGCCAUGCCCAGCGCGCCCGACACGCCUGCUGCGCCCGCUGCGGCCGCCGCUCCGUCCGCACCUGCCGCGGCUGCCGGGGCCAUGGCCGGCAUGGCAGUCUCCGUCACGUCGUCCGAUGACCAAGUUGGAUAUGCUGCGUCGGAUGAUGAGAUGAGCAGCAAUAGCAGCGACGUCUUCGACGAGCGUAGGAUCGAGGCUGAUUUGGCAAACGAUCUCUGGCGCGCCAUCUGAAGCCGGCAGAGAUUCUGCGCGAGGUAUCCAUCCUCUGUCUCUCCGCUCACAAGCGCCUGCUAGACGACGGCGACGUUCCCAACGCGU